CAAAGAACCCAAACAUUUGUUUUGCCUUUUUUUUUUAAUGCAUUACAAGGGUGCGUGUUGAUUUGUGUUAGGAAAUCUUUACGUUGUGGCUGAGAUGUUAGCAUAGCUUAGUCUAAUCCUAGAUGCAUAAAGUUGUCCAUGCGAAUGCUUGGAUAGUGAAAAUGAGCGUCGAGUCAAGUUGGGUUCAAGCCUCAUCUCCCGAAGCUAGCCUUCUCCUUUAGCGGGUUGUCUACUUCUUCGUCCUUGAGUUCCUACACAUAGGCUGAAAUCGAGGAAAGAGAUUUUUCAACUAGGCCCCUCCGAAGUUUAAGUUAGUGUCGAGUGGAGUAAGAGGGAGUUGAGUGCUCAAAAUCCUUCCAUUAACGUUGGUCAGAGGAUUAGUUUUUAUACCUAUGAACGAUGGUCGAUCGUACGUGAUCCAUUAAUGAUCGUCGACUCCACAAACUUCAAAAAAUCUCCCUGGUUGCUUGCUGGGAUUUAAAGAUUGCUUGCUGGGAUUUUAAGGAUGAAGAAGAAGUCUGAUAGAAUUAAGAGACCUUACAGAGAUAAUAUAUGACAAGUGGCAAGGAUUCCAAGGUGAUGCAAGGCUCCACACCAGUUUGAUGCAUACGUUGCUGCAUGUCAAUGGAGAGUUUGCAGAUCUAUGAACAUAACUGAUGCUGUAUAAUGAUCUUUGAGGAUUAACACCUUCUACCUUCCUAUAUCUUGCGGAACUGGCAUUUAAGUAGAGGAAAGGCAUGAAGAAACCUCGAAGCUAAAGAAGGCUGCCAGAGAUUCUUAUUCUUGCCCUCCAUAUCUGCAUGCUUCAUGUUUCAUCCUACCUCGAGCUUAAGGAAACUUGUCAUCCUUGGUGCACAGGACAAGAAUCCUCGACCUUUAUGCUUCUUCCAGGAAUCCUACUCUAUCGCCAAUCACAUAUAUGUUUCAUGGAUAUGGAUGGAGACUCAAAAUGCUCAUGACUUCAGCGGCAGGUGCUAAUUCAUUUGUAUCUCCCUUUGAUCGGAGACAGGCAAAUGUCAUGCUUGAUGAUCCUGUGCCUUAAUCUUCGGUCAACCUUGUCCAAGAAGCCUAAUCCGAGGCUGGAAAAGAUGAUGUCGACCAGAGAGAGGCAAGUCUCCGACCUGGGGCUGAUGCGCAGGUACGAGCCCGACGAGGAUGAGAUGAAGCGGGUGUUCGACAAAAUGUCGAACAAUAAGGCGAAGAUCGAGUUCGAAGAUUUGAAGGCGCUGCUGGAACGGUUGAAGGUUCACGACGCAGCCCGCGAGGCGAAGCAGAUACUGCAGACGGUAGGCUCGAACAAAGACGGCUCCGUAGAUUUCGGCGACUUCAUGGCGGUGCACAGGAAGGGAGGCGUGUGGACGAGCGACAUAGUGAGAGCCUUCAAGAUGUUCGAUCAAGAUGGCGACGGACAAAUCAGCGCCAAGGAGAUAAAGGACAUGAUGGGGAGGCUUGGCGAGGACUGCAGCUUGGAGGAGUGCCGGAGAAUGGUGAAGGAAGUGGACAAGAAUGGCGACGGGCUCGUGGGCAUGGAUGAUUUCAUGGCAAUGAUGACCAGAACCAUGAAGCUGAGCCGAUUGCCCUCCUCCUCAGCAAUAGCAUUGCCCUGAACCAUUUCCUGUAUUUGUGCUAUCUACUUGCAACACUGAUUACAUUUCUAUUUACUUCAUGAUUCAGAUUAUUCAUCAUGUCUAUCAUUUAUAUUACUUAUAUGUUCAUUUAAUGCGAUAUAUUGGAAACCUCCGACUUUCAAUUAUUAUUAUUAUUAUUAUUAUUAUUUUUGACAAAGGGUAAGUGAUAGAUUGAAAAGACGAAGAGUUAGUAUUCAUAUGCAUACGAAAUUGUCUAAUUAAAAUUCUAAUUUAGGUAAGCCACUCGAUAUGCUAAUGAAAUAAAUUCACUAAAGCAAGGAAUAAUCUGAACAUGCUGAUUAUUUUAAUUUAAUUGGUAAAGACUUUGACAGAUUAUCGUAAUAUCCUAAAUUCGAUUUUCGUCUUUAUCAUUUAUUCUUUAUAAUAAAAAAAAUAAAAAUUAAAAAUCGAAGAAAAGAUGAAAGAGCAGUGAAGGCAAGUAUAUUUUUAUUGGGCCAUCAAAUGGUAUAUAGUUGCUUGAUGACCAAUAAAUACAUAUACAAAUACUUAAUAGUUAUUAUCAUGAUGACCUAUUAGAUCAAAUAACAAUAAAGAGCUUAAAGAUUAAUAUAAAGUCCUUUUUUUUUCCUUUUUUUUUUUUUGAACAUGUUCAUUCUAUGAGUGCCGAUUUGAUAAUUCACAAGGAAUAUAACCCAUAUGAAGUCCUUCAUGCACAUGACUAUAUAUCAAUCAUAUUAUUACAUCAUUCUAUUGUCCAAAUUCCCAUGUCAUCAGAAUCUUAUCAUGAUGCCAAAAAUGGCUCUUCAAUAAAAAAAGAAAAUAUAGAUCAAAAUCUGUCAUUACACUUCACAGUGUGUCACUCCAAUACGACACGGGGUGACGAUAACAUAGCAUAUUUGUAUCUCAAGAUUUCUAGAUCUUUUUCGAAAUGUAAAAUUAUUCCUUUUGGAAUGCCUACAAGUUGUUUACACAAUCCUUUGAUGAUUAACUUUUGUUAGUGUGUUUUUUCUUGGUUUUGGACUUAGAUAACUACAGAAAAGAAGUUUAAUAAGAUAUCAAAUUAUUAGUAUUGUGAUUUUUGCACCUUAAGAUUCUCCACCAUGUAGCCAAAUGGAAUUUAGGGCUCUUAACCAUCUCAAUAGAUGAUGAACACAACGUCAAGCAUUGCUAUCCAUCCAUUAGAAUCAUUGGUUUUGCUUCGUCGUUCAAUCAUCUACGUCAUAUUUAGAUUGAACUUUUGUAGAACUUCUUUCUUUUUCGAAAGAAAGUAAAAAACCAAUCAAGGAAUCCAAUAUUACAGGAUUCAAGAUUGGUGUUCCUGAAUUGAAGCAACCCAAUCCAAUGUUAGAAGUGAUUUUGAAUACUCAUAGAGAGACACAACAAAGAUUUCCCCAUAGGACACGUGAGAAAAGGUAGAACAGCCCUUGGAUUAUUUUUUGAAUGAGAAGCACAAAGUACACUUCGACAUCUAAUGAUACAUAGGAAUAUGACCUUCUUCCUUUUAACGCUAUUGCAUGAGAUAGAGAUAGAGAGUCUUACGUCGUAGACAAUAAUAUACUUGAUCGGGCUGAACGUAAACAGCUUAGGCAAAGUGCUUCUUCUCAGCAUACUCCAAAAACUUGUGCUUUUCCUCCUCACUAUCGAUGACACCAUUACCAUUAAGGUCAGCAUUUUUCAUCGCAAAGUGAGUCCUAAUGCUCUUAAAAUGGAAGUGUCUGUCCUCGAGAACUUUGCGGAUCUCACCCUUGCUUAUUACUCCAUCGUUGUUAGCGUCAGCUCGUUGAAGAAAAUUCUUGUUCUGAACUGCAUCCACGAUUUCUCGAGUCCGAAAAUGAGCGAUCGCCAUUGUACGAAGAAGAAAGAUGAGGGAGCUAUAUAUGGUGGUGGUA